GUCCUCCCCGGCAGAGAGCAAGAUGGCGUCGCUGGUCAGGCUCGGCGGCCGAGUGGUUCGCCUAAAUCCCUCCGCUUUUCGGCCGUGCGUCGUCAGGGCGGCGGGAAUUUCCACCUCCAAGAAGAACAAGGACACCGUGAGCCUCUCGGACGCUCUCGUGGGGCAGGGCAAGACGCAGCAGCAGACAGAGGCCGUGGCAGAGAAAAACUGGAUCAGCUGGGGCUUCAGCUAUGAGUCAGAGACCAAGGACAACACGGUGAUGCACUUGACCUUCUUCUGCUCUGUCACGCUGUGCCUUGUGUUUGGUGGCUUCAUCUGGGCUUACUUGCCUGAUUACAGAAUGGUUGACUGGGCGCAACGUGAGGGCUACCUAGAGCUGAGACGACGAGAGGCCGAGGGGCUUCCCUUGAUCGACCCGAACCUGAUCAGCAUCGACAAAAUUCAGCUGCCAGAAGACGAGGAGCUCGGAGACACUGAGAUCAUCAUCUAAAGAGGAAAACCUGUUUAUGAGAAUAGUGUCAUUUCUUUUGCUUCAGAGAGCAUCUGAGAUUCCUUAUAAUUGGCUCAAAACAGGUGUUAGUAUUUAUUGUAAUUUUUGCAUAUUUCCUUGCAGAGUUACGGAAUGCAAGAAAACCUUGGUGUCCAUUUUGUAAAUAUCUAUAAUAUGUUUAAAUGAAAUAUAUAUACACCACAUAAUUCUUA